GGAAGAGAGGCAGAGUUAGAGGAAGAGAGGCAGAGUUAGAGGAAGAGAGGCAGAGUUAGAGGAAGAGAGGAAGAGUUAGAGGAAGAGAGGCAGAGUUAGAGGAAGAGAGGAAGAGUUAGAGGAAGAGAGGCAGAGUUAGAGGAAGAGAGGAAGAGUUAGAGGAAGAGAGGCAGAGUUAGAGGAAGAGAGGAAGAGUUAGAGGAAGGGCUGCCUCAAAGAACAUUGGCUCAGUUAGCCACGAAGAAGAAGCAGACAUGCGCAGAGCGCUCUGAGAAAAAAAACAUGGCGUUCAAAAUAGUAGGUCGAUUAUCAAGAAUGUUUUAUUAGCAGUCGUUUCGUUCAGUUUACACACGUUCACUCUGUCGGUGCCUUAGAGGUUUUACACUCUAAAAAUGGCUAACUCUGCCUGGUCCGAAAAGAUACUCCAGCUCCUCCGCCGAAUGAAUAACUUUUAUAUAACAGGCUCCGGCCGGUCCAAGUGCUUGAGGUUUGAGAUAAACGAAGCGCAAGUGGGCUGGAUUCCUCCGCACGUCGCCUCAAUGUUGACACGGUAUCCGGAAGUGUUCAGUCCGCCGCACGGGGGCGCUGUGUCGCUGCGUCGCAGUCUGGACUCGUACGAGAAGAGGUCCGAGGCCGUGGACGCGGUCCUGCGAACCAUGAGACAGGAAGGCUCGUUCACGUGUCUUAAGGGAUGGAGAGAUGAGAAGUACAGUGUGAUGCCCACAUUCUCCGACCCUCCUCUGAUGUGGAUGGAAAGAGCAGCUACAAGUCUCUUUGGAGUGAAGCGGUACGGAGUCCACAUCAACGGCUACACCCUCGGCGACGGUGGGGAAGUCCGCAUGUGGCUGGCACGACGCUCCCUCACGAAGCAGACGUUCCCCGGACUACUGGACAAUGUGGCGGCAGGUGGUAUCGCUGCAGGCGUUGGCAUCAAACACACGUUGGUCAAAGAGUGUGAGGAGGAAGCGUGUAUCCCAGCAGUCAUUGCAGAGAAGGCUCGUCCUGUAACCAAUGUAAGCUACACCUACGAGGACGAGGACGGGGUGUUUGCAGAAAGUCAGUUUGUCUUCGAUUUGGAACUUCCUCUGGAGUUCAAGCUCCGAGCCGGCGAUGGGGAGGUCCAAGACUUCUACCUACUGCCCAUAGAUACGGUUAAGGAACUGCUGGCCACUGAUGACUUCAAACCCAACUGUGCUAUGGUGGUCUUGGACUUCCUCAUCAGACACUCGUUUAUUGAUCCAGAUACAGAGCCAUUCUAUCAGGAAAUGGUGGCAGGACUCCAUCAGACAUUAUAGAGUGCAGCUGAGGACUGAGCCCACUGCGGAGGCGAGGACGCAUUUCCAUUUGACCCCGCUAACAGGGCUCGAACUAACGGGGCCCAAAGAGUGCGGAUUGGAAAGGAUGAACCAAGAUUUUGGAAUAACGUUGGGACGAAAGUUGAAAGGGAAAUAAAGCGCUCCACAGCUCAUAUUGAACCUCUUUAACAACAUAAACAAACAGCUCGUACCGCCGGCCUCUGACCCCUCGACAGCCUGCUAGUAUUAACGCUAAUGUCCCCAACUAGCUAACGUUAGACUGUUUGACGUUAGCCACAUGUAGCGAGUGAUAACUUUACGUUAACGAUGAUACAGCUCAAAUCCUCUGACUCAUGUUUAGCACUUAUUUACUUUAUUACUCCUCUUCUUCUCCUCUGGGUGAUAAGCCAGCAAUGAGAUCUCUCCAUCGCAUUUAGUCCUUUUUACAAUUUUUUAAAAUUUGCUUUUAAUUUAACUUUUUACCCACAAUGUUGAACACACUUAUUGUAAGUCCCUUUGUAUAAAAGCAUAUGCUCUAAUAAACGUUUUCAGGUUUUUAUUAAACAAACAAUAAUUGCUCAAAUAUUAUUUCCCACUUAGUUAAUAACUUAAUAGACUAUACAUUAUUAAAAAGAAAGGUAAAAUAAAUAAUAUAGUUGAAGGAACUCCAUAAUAACAGUUUUCUUUUCUUUCCAGAUCAUGGAAACAUAGACAACAUACCAAAAACAAUCGUUUCUUACUUAAUAUUCCCCAUUAGAUCAGACUAUACAUUAUCAAAAAAGGUUUUAAAAAAAAUAGUAACACAGAGUAACAGUUUUCUUUUCUGUUGUUGACUUAUAAUAACAUUUAAUCAGUAAAGAUGUUGAACACAUACAUUUCCUGACACCUCGAGCAGCAGGACAUGACCAAAGAAAGGCAUUUCACUGUCACCACAGGAAGGCUGAGGGCAAUUUGCACGCCAGGUGCAUUUCCUCCUCUGGUUUACAUUUUGCCAGGGCAAAUCUUUAUGGUUAUUAUUUAAGAUGUAACUAUUCACAUUGGACCAUACGGAGUCAUUUUCAGUUAACCUUGAUUGGAGUGCGGACAGAAUAUGUUCUACUUCUGUUCUUGUGCUUUUGUCAUAUGAGAGUUGGGUUACACCUUGGUGUAUGCAAAAAAACACUAUCAUACAUUUCUGGCCAGGUUUGUGCAUAUGGGAUGCUUUGUGAUCCCAGCAAAAUGAGCCCCCGCUAGGGCUCCAUCUGGCUUCAGACAAGCUCUAAUGAUGGAGGUAUACACAUCUCCUUUAGCUUCAAUGUCUGGGACACCUUCUCUAAAGGCCUGUACAUUAUUUCACCUUUUUAGUUUCUCAUGUUUCCCUCUCCUUAUGAAUUGAAAAUCAUGAAACUUUGUGUGAUUGGAAAGGUAGUUUCCAAAAAUGUCAAAGAGGAAAAGGAUUUCUGCUUUUUAUGACCAAGACUUUCCCCGUCAUUGAAAUAUCCCUGGUUUGGCAUUGGAGGAGCUUUCCCCUAAUUGUGGGUAAUUUGGACUCUCAAUUGGUGUUUUCCAUAUCUUCUCCAAUUUGUACUCCUAAGACGUUGGUUGUAUCUGUUUUAUGUUUGAAGCUCUCUGCAGUUUAACAGUUAGGUGGUCUUGAGUCUCAGUGGGUUUAAAACCAUUUGGUUCCAUUCUAUAUCUACCAAGAGCAAUCUACCAUCUAUAACCCUCUCGACCAUCUGACUGUUGAAAAUGAUUACUAUUCCAGAGGCUGUUUUUAUUAUCCCCUAACCAUCCUAACUGUCCAAAUCCAUCUGUUUUUAUAGAGUUUGUAAUUAUCUUUGAAGCCAAUAGAGAAUACAUAUACCCCCACCACUUCUGUGCAGAAAACAGACACUUAAAAUUGCCACUGGGGCCUCUGGUGUUAAGAGAGAUGCCAUGACUAUGUUUUUGUGGGAGGAAUGAUCAGCGGUCCAGAGAGAACUUCAAACCAUUGGGGAGGAUUUAUCCUCUUUCUUCUUCUUCCUUUGGGAUCAAGCUCUCCUCUGUCUCCCCCACAACUCAUUUGGGUGGCAACUGCGAAAGCAGACAAGCACCGGGGAUCUAGGAAAGAGGAAGAGGUGGACCGAGGGCCAGACCUGGAGGUCUGAGCUGGAAAUGGAAGUAUCACCUGAGGUUUUCUGGGGGCGCUUUCGGAGGAAUGUUGUGAAAGGGGGAAGAAGAGGGAGGUCUCCAGGUUGAUUUCAUAAACGGGGUGUCAAGUCUUCAAGUAUAAUGUCCGGUAGGUCUCUGCAACUUUUUGAUUUUAUUUGCCCUGUAGCUUUAAAUUCAGGUGUGAAGUGAUGUCACGCAACAUUAGAUUUUUCUCAUCUUCUAAAAAGAGACAUUUGUGUUUGGGGACUAUAGCAAUGGUUAAAACCGUUCGUUUCAACGGCUUCUGUUGACAUCGUUAACCAUGUUCAAAAUCAAAAUGUCUGUAAUAGCUCAUUAAAUGUGAACAUUACUUCAAUAUAUUAAAGCUCUUUCCCCAAAAUCCAA